AUGCAGCUACAAAAAUACAAAGGCGAUUCUCAUUCAAUUAUAGGCUGUAAACAAAGGGAGGGGGAGACUAUUCGAGAAUACUUUACAACAUUCAUAAACGCUACGCUGGAUGUACCGGGGCAUGACGAAUGGCUCCUUGCUGGUGCUUUCACAUGGGGACUCCUUCCUGGGCCCCUCUCGCAAAAACUCAUGGGAAAGAAGCCCCUAACACGAGCUGAGUUGAAAGAAAGAGUGGAGCGAUACCUGCGGCAGGAAGAUGGUGAAGCAGCUAAUCAGUCCUACUUAAAUGAUAUGGCGGCUAGGCGUCACCACCCGACCCACACGGAUUUCCGAGGGGGAGGAAGACACUAUGGCCAAGCAAGAAGACCACCGCCACGUUCCCGACCAUUUAUUAAAGACGACAGACGGGGUCGCCACCCAGAAGUAUAUGCAGUGUCUGAGAAACAGCAGCCAGCCAAGUCGCCUAAGAGUCGGUACUGUGAGUACCACAAAAGCAAAACACAUGAUACAGCUAGUUGUUCGGUACUAAAGAAGGAGAUAGAGGAGAAACAACUUAAGGGAGAUCUGUUGGAGGUAGCACGAAGCCUACGUGCCAAAUUCGAUGCUGAGAACGCCAAGGGUCCACCCUGCGAAGGAGUUCAGCCCAAGGAGAUAUUCAUGAUACGCAGCAAAAGAAGUAGGGAGGAACAACGAGGCGAACAAGUCAUUGUUAAACCAUCAGCACGCGCGCUCACUUUCUCCAUACAGGAUCCCCGGCCGGACGGCUGGAAAGGUGACAACCCUCUGAUAAUACAGGCAUCCAUCAAAGAUGUGACUAUCCUUAGGGUCUAUGUCGACACCGGGAGUUCAGCAGACAUCAUCUAUGAGCAUUGUUUCCGGCUCCUCGCGGAUCGCUGGAAAGAUAAUUUGCGACCUACGACGGGUAGGCUGGUGGGAUUCACCGGCCACAGCCUGUGGCCGUUGGGCACGAUCCACCUCCCCUUAACAAUCACUAGCCACGACAAGCAGCGGAAGAAGACCGCCCUGAUAAACUUUGUGGUCAUUCGACACUCGGCGGAGCACAACAUUAUUUUAGGAAGGACUGCGCUCUUGAAGCUAGGGGUUGUACCCUCAACCAUGCAUGGGAUAAUGAAAUUCGACACACCAAAAGGCGAAGCCACGAUUUUGGCCACUCCGCCCAGAGAAUUGCGAUGCUAUACAGUUAUGAAGCCAGCGGAAAUAACCAAAGGGCCCAAGAGGCCUAGGGGCAAUCCUGCAAAGAGGAAGGAGGUAAUCAAUGAAGGAUACCCCGACCAGCCGGUCAAUGUUGGAAGCGACCUCCCAAGCCACACAAGAAGAGCACUGGUCGAUCUACUCAAACGCUACAAACAUGUAUUUGCUUGGACCCCCACGGAUAUGGUGGGGGUAGAAAGGGAGGUCAUUGAACAUAAGCUAAUGAUCAAACCGGGGGUAAAAGAGGUUAAGCAGAAGAAGCGGGUACAAGGAGGAGACCGUAACAGGGCAAUCAAUGCAUAA